UUCUCGGUUUAAGACGCCAAAGAAACAAAUAAAAAACACUUUUUCUCUCUUCUCCAACGAAUCCUGCCAAAAAAAAAAAAUCAAAAACAAACUUGAACAAAAGCCCCUAACAAUGGUGGUGGCCGUUGAUGCUAACGAGAAGAAAAGUGGAAGCAGUCUUAAGUUUCUGUGCAGUUACGGCGGCAAAAUCCUCCCUCGUUCCACCGACGGGAAGCUCCGUUACGUCGGAGGUCACACCAGAGUCCUCUCCGUCGAUCGUUCCAUCUCUUUCGAAGAGCUCACGAAGAAACUAUUUGAAUUCUGCGGAUACUCCGUCGAUCUCCGAUGUCAGUUACCUAACGGCGAUCUCGAGACUCUAAUCUCCGUCAAAUCGGACGAGGAGCUAGCGAACAUCGUCGAAUUGUACAAUCGCGUCUCAGGAUCCAAAAUCAAAGCCGUUUUAUCGCCUCCUCGUAGUCAAAAAUCGCCGUCGUCUUCAAGCGGUGGCGGCGGCGAUCGAUCUCCGAACUCUCCGUUCUCCGUCACGCUUUCCCCGCCGAACUCGCCGCCGUUAGCGUACGGGAGGUAUCUGCAGUCUCGGUAUUGUCUACCUCCCACGGAUCUCGCUAGAAGAUUCCAUCAGAGAUCCGGAGAAUCGUAUUGCUACGCGUGUCGUGUUCACAAAGGCUCUAGACUCAUCUGGCAUUGACGGAUACUGGAAUAUACGAUACAAAGAAGGAAAUUAAAAUAAAUUCGGGAAAAUGCGAAAUUAAGAAAUUGAAAUUUUUACGAUGUGUUUGUUUUGAGAAGAGAGAAUUAAUUUUUUCCUUUUCCA